AUGAUGAUAAAAUUGUUACUGUCAUUAAUGACUAUCGGAUUUUUUCAAAACUCGUCUUACUGCUCGUCAAUUAAUGCGAUUAAUUUACGAGAUAAUAGUAAAUUUAUUUCAAAAUUACCUGACUCUACACUAAUUCGUAAUUUAGCAUUAAUCGGCUCUUAUCAAUCAGCUUCCGUAAGACCUAUAAAAUAUCUGCGUACAGAAAAUUUAACGAUAACAGAACAAUUGGAAGCAGGAUUACGUGUACUGGACGUCCAUUUCCGGCUUGUUGAUGAAAAAUUUAAACUAUAUUAUGGACCUACAUAUUUAUCUUAUACAUUUGAUGAUAUAUUAUCAGAAAUUAACGAGUUUAUGAUACAAAAUCCACGGGAAUUAAUAAUAAUGUUAAUGAAAGUAGAAUUUGAUCAUUUAUUAACGGAGUUCAAAGAGUGUAAUGUGUUAGAAAAUUAUAUAAAAAUAUGGCAAAGACGUGGAUUGUCAUUAAUUGGAAAAUGGUCACUAUUGGAAGACUAUAUCGGGGAACACCGCGGCCACGUGUUGCUGAGUCAUGUUGAUAGAAAUAAUUUUGAUGACUGCACAACUUACUUACCCUGCGUUGUACAAAACAAUUGGGAUGUUACGGACGUAGAAAAAAAAUGGCGACUCAUUGAAGACAACGAGGAAGAAAUGUUCAAUGGAUACUCGGUCAUUCAUUCCUGUUUUAUUAAUUAUUUAUCCAGCCUUAAUCCCUUGCUGUUUAUUGAUUCAUCAACUUCAUUAGAUGAUCCGACGGAUUAUUUAGACGUAGGACUAAAUAGAAUUGAAAAAAUUAACAGCAGAAUGGCUAAUUAUUUUCGUAACCCACAUUAUACUCUCGUUAUGAUUGUGACAGACUUUCCGAGUCAACUGUUGAUUGAAAAAAUUAUUGAUAGCAAUUUUAAUUAA